AUGGAGAAAGUUGUAAAUCUGUGGGACCUUCAUGACUACAACUGCAAGAUGGGUGUGCCUACAAAUGAGGCAAUUGAAGCUGUAUGUGUUAUUCGUACCACAUCUCCUUUUUCUUCAUGUUUGCAAGGCAAGAAAACCGAUCCGCUUGCAUUCCAAUUUUUCACCGUCGGCGAACAUGGAAUAGUUCGGAUAUGGAAUUCUCAAGGUGCAGUCUGUUUAUUUCAACAAGCAUCUUCGGAUGUUACUGUCAGCAAAGAGGAUGAGGAGGAAGCAAAAAGAGGUUUCACAUCUGCUGUGAUGUUGCCCUCCGAUCAGGGGUUGUUAUGUGUGACUGCUGAUCAGGAAUUUCUCUUCUAUUCCCCAACCRAAAGUUCUCAAGGAACAUUUCAGUUGAAUCUUAACAAAAGGCUUGUAGGAUACAACGAGGAAAUAGUUGACAUGAAGUUUUUGGGCGUUGAAGAACAGUUUCUUGCUGUUGCUACGAGUGUUGAGCAGGUACGAGUGUAUGAUCUUUCCUCGAUGUCGUGUUCUUAUGUAUUGGCAGGCCACACCGACAUUGUACUAUGUCUGGAUACGUGUACGACAAGCUUUGGAAGAACACUAAUUGUAACGGGGAGCAAAGAUAACACCGUAAGAUUAUGRGAUUCCGACAGCAAAGGUUGCAUUGGAGUUGGAAGAGGUCACAUGGGAGGCAUUGGAGCUCUGAAGAAACUGUUGGAGUUGAAUAUAUAUUUUUGGAGAUUUUAACUUUUUCUUCUCCAUUAUAUAAUAUAUGUUUUCUACGAGUUAUAUAUAUUUUUUGUUUCUGAUUCUGCAUCAUCUAUUUGUGAUCAGGAYCGUACUGCGCGUAUCUGGAAGCUUCCAGAAUUAACUCCUGGUGUUGUACUAAGAGGACACAAAAGAGGAAUCUGGUCUGUAGAGUUUUCGCCAGUUGAUCAGUGCGUUAUAACAGCUUCUGGAGAUAAGACCAUARAGAUAUGGGCCAUAUCAGAUGGUUCAUGUCUAAAAACAUUUGAAGGGCACACAUCGAGUGUAUUCAAAGUUCAAUUUCUCACUCGUGGGGCACAGUUCGUUUCUUGUGGUGCUGACGGUUUGGUAAAGCUCUCGACCGUAAAGACAAAUGAAUGUGUUGCAACUUAUGAUCAACAUGAGGACAAGGUGUGGGCCUUAACUGUGGGGAAGAAAACAGAAAUGUUGGCAACUGGUGGCAGUGAUGCUGUAAUCAAUCUGUGGCAUGAUUCUACUGCUGCAGAUAAAGAGGAAGCAUUCCGGAAAGAGGAGGAAGGUAUAUUGAAAGGCCAAGAGCUAGAAAAUGYUGUAUUAGAUGCCAACUACACCAAGGCCAUUCAUCUUGYGUUUGAGCUCCGUAGACCACAUAAGCUGUUUGAGUUAUUUGCCGAACUUUGCAGGAGGAAAGAUGCCAAUGAUCAGGUAAAACAAGCUCUUGGUGUUCUUGGCACCGAAGAGUWCCGCCAAUUGUUGGAGUACAUUAGAGAAUGGAACACGAAGCCGAAGCUAUGCCACAUUGCCCAGUUUGUGCUUUUUAAGGUUUUCACCAUCCUUCCACCAACGGAGAUAAUCGAGAUGAGAGGCAUUGGAGAACUUCUUGAAGGGCUCAUACCAUAUUCACAAAGGCAUUACAGCAGGAUAGAUAGAUUGGAAAGGAGUACGUUUCUGUUGGAUUACACACUUAACGAGAUGUCGAUUGUCGAACCAGAUAUGGGUGUUGUUGAGGACCCGAAAGAUGAGUCUCUGGUGGGUCCUACAGAAGCUGUCGCCAAAGGGCAAGAACGGGCCAAUGAAGAAGAAGUUUCAAAGAAGCGGUCUUCAAAGAAACGGAAAGUUAAAAUAUUGAACGGAUGGAACAAGAAAAUCAAGGGAUCGGUUCUACUGAUGGUUCAGUUAUUUCUGUAAUGAAAUAAUU